AUGAAAAAUUCACCGGUAGCACAACCGUACCCCAGUGUUUACCUUUGCAUCACCCGUUGCCUAACGAUCGUUUCUCUCAGGUGUUUUAGCAACCUAGGAGAUGGAGCCAGUCUGGACAACCAAAUAUCUAUCAACAUAACGCUGGAGCUGAACAGACGAGGCAGACAGGAGGAAACAACUACUGAAAGUUUGAAGCACGCUUUUGAGGCAUUGGAAUCUUUCCCGUGGCCUGUUCAAUUCCAGUCAUGGUCGCUCCUGGGUGUGAAUUUCGAUGAAAUCCGCGAAGACUGGGAAGACUGGAAGUGGAAUUCCAAAGCUUAUGUGAAGCGGUUGUCUGCUCCAACUGAUGUGCACCCAUUCGGAGAUUUGAAGAGAUUAAACGUCCAGCUAUUGAGUUCAGCGAGCCAGCUAACGGCCUUUGCGAUGUAUCGUUUUCGUGUCUGGCCACCAUUAUACGUUCUUUUUGAUUCUGCUUCAAAUGUGACAAAAUACGACUUUGUAAAACAUUCACAACCAACGGAUUGGAUCCCGAGUCAAUUGCUUGCCCCUGAAGUCGCCCCACGAAUUGCAUAUCUCACCGUGAUUGAUGCUCAUCGUUUGAAAGCAACAUGGCAGUGGAAUGGAGUUCCUGGAGGAUACAUCGUCACCGCGGAACGUAGCGAUGUCGCUAUCAGCAUUUACAACAGCACCAUGUUUCACGAGCUAGACCAAGACCAAGACCUCCCACCCAGACACGACAUGGUGGAACAUGACAAAUGCGGUGUCCGUAAAUUCAUGAAAGUAAUCUAUGAUCCAACUCAGCAUGACUUGGUUAUUGGACACUUGCAACCAGCAACGAAUUACUACGUUACUAUUCAACCGUUUUCAAAAUCGCCAAAACUGGCAAGCAUAGUCAAGGAACAAAAGAAUGAAUGGACAUUGCUUUUGGGCCCAAAAAUCUUCUUGUCACCCGGCGAUUUAAUGCCUCCGACUACAGCAUCAAAGUCAGUAACGAAGACUUGGAAUGCCGUGCCCAAUUUUAGACCUAUAAAUGUAACGGUCACAGAGGAAGGUAAAACAAUUCGCAUUGAGUGGAUCGAUUCUUUUGAAGCCAUGUGCGACGGUGAAACACUCAGCUAUGAGCUUGAGAUACGUUCUGCAUUGAAUUGGACUGUCACUGCACCGGUUCACUCCGUGAAGUGGAUCAAUACGUUGAAGAGAGAGCUUUCAGCGAGUCAACUCAACCAAAUUAUCUUCACGGAGUUUCCUAGGAUGAGAGGAAUAUCACUUUUGAAGGAAACCCUUAUGGUGGGGUUAUGGCGACGACUGACUUCAAUGCAUUUCUCGAAAUCUGAAAUUAUACAUAUCUUGCGAAUUCGGGCGAAAAACCGCAUUGGAUUUGGACCAUUCAGCGAUCCAGUUGUCGUCCCUUUCCUGCCGAGCAAGGAAAAAACGGGUGGUCGACUACACCUGAAACGGAUACUGAUCACUCAGGAAAAGAGUGAAUCACACGGACGAGUUUUAGUUAGCUGGCUCAUCAGCAACCAAGUACCGAAAGGACUGGAUGUAAAAGCAACCAUAACUUGGUUUGAAGUCGAUCCAAUCACCCAACUACGUCUUGGGGCCACUGCUUCUCGUGUUCUUCACUCACCACCAAUCAAAAACGAGCACAUGAAACACAAAGAAGUGUUGGUAGUAAUCGACAAGCUUAAUGUGGGUGCAAUGUACAGAUUCAAGCUGAGACAGGAACCCAGUUCAUCAACGAGCAUGGAUAUAACAGAAGACCAUGUAACGGCAUACAUCAUUCAAGAAGACUGGCUUAUUCCUCCAAGUCGUAAACCUUAUCCUCCAAGGCGAUGGCUACGUAGUAAUUUGGCCGACAAUGAGAUAAUAAGUCAUGCACCCAGAAUGGACUGUAAUUCAUCUAUAAUUGUGCUUGCAUGGCCAGCUUAUCCAUCAAGCAUUAUUUCAAACCUGACAAAGGCCGCCAAAUUCGGUCCCAUAUACACACCGCCAGUGAAAAACUACAGCCUCCAGUAUGCUCGGCUUCCAGAUUAUGUCGAAGAUGCCCCCGAAUAUACAGUAUCCAACGGGUCGGCCCUUGGAUGGAAAGAAUACGAACCAGCCCCGCAACCAGGAGAUGAAGAAAAAUUCCAUGUGCUUCAACCAAACACCGUCUAUAUAUUUCGGAUUGCAGUAUGUACGGACGUAGGACGAAGUCCAUAUAGUGAGCCCUCAGUGGUCAUGAAAACAUCGAUUAACCGCCCCUGUGAAGUUCCUAAAAUUUCUUCUGUUAUGCUGGUUUGGACGAACCGCACAACUUUGCUGAGACACUACGGAGUGUUGGAAGUUCCGGAGGACAAACAUCAGUCACCAUGCCAGGCAGUGCAAGUCACAUGGCUGGCAAUUUCUGAUGAAUCGUGGAACGGGAAACCCUUGUUUUAUCAAAUUGUCUAUCAAUUCUGGCCGUCCAAGGAUUCUGUGAGGCACGUUUCCCUGGUAAAGGCUGCAAAGGGUCAAAGAAUACUGCGAGCACUUUUACCACCUUUGCCGGCAAGAACAUAUAUUGAAUUGAAGGUGAUACCUCGGAGCUUUCUUGGUGAUGGAGACAAAUUAGAAACAAUCCUCGUUUAUACUGGUUUCGGCUGCCCAUGGAAAACAAAAAAGGAAGGACUAUCCUUAACUUACAUGUACGUUGAAUCCAAAUUGAACGGAGAGGAAAGUAAUUUGGCGCUGGAAGCUCAAUUCCAUUGUGUCAGUGAUACGGCAAGUAUCCAGGUUAAGUGUUUCUGGAAACCUCUGGACGUCAAGCUUAUGCUCGGUUACCGCCUGACGUUGAUACCGAUGGGAUCAAUGUCUCUGCACGAUGCUCCAAAUUACAUCAAACGGAAUGGAAACAAAUCAACCAAUCACACCUUGUUCGUUCCGCCAACAUGCACAAGCGUUCUAAUCUAUAGCCUAGAAGAACGUCAUGCAAAACUAAACGCCGGAAAACCCAGUGAUUGGACUAGUGAACGUUUCAACACUAACAUGGUGAUGUGGCCACUCAAGCCCUACUUUAGGUACAAAGUCGUUUUAGAAGCCAUCCUACAUUUUGGGACGGCGAGACCACAAUUAUUUCCGCCGGCUUUAUCAUCUAGCCAAGACAAUACGGCAAACUGCGGUACAGAGUUUCUCUGCACGGCGCAGUGGAUUCCAACAAGACCAGUUCGACUUUGGUCGGAAUGGUUGAAGCGCAACUCUCUGAUGUUACUCUGGACAAAUCCAGCGGAAGUUAACGGGCAAGUGAAAGAAUACUUAAUUGUACGAACAUGCCAUCGGUCGGGAACUGAUGGCCACAAAUCCGAUGAAGCUUCUUCACGCGAAAAAACUACCAACCAAUCCAUACCUGCAUCACAGUACUGGAAUGCACCCAAUCCAAGCAAAGAAUUUCACAUUGAGACUAAUGUGACUUGCCUAUUUGAGGUGAAGGCCCGGACCGACGCAGUGUGGAAUGGAGGAUGGGGACCCACAGCCUGCUGGUUAGUGAGCACUGAUUCUCACGUUCCCGUUCAACCUCCCAAGUCCAUGGAUGGCUGUGCAUUUGAAAGAUUGGGUUCGAAAUUCUACGCAAGGUUUAGUAAAUUUGUACAUAUCAUAAUUGUCCACGUUCAUGGCAUCAAUAACUGCACAAGUCUGUCACUGACCGGCGCAGUGCAGCGUCAACGUCCGCACACGAGUGUCGAAUUUUGGCUCAGUGGUGUUGGCUGCAGUGGUUCCUAUCGAGGACAGUCUCGUGAUUCUCAUUGGCGGUACGAUCACACGGAAAUCCUGAGAAAACAAAUCAAGGCAGGCUCAGCAAGCGGGAUACCAACCUGCGUGGCUCAGUAUGUCAGCUGCGCACAUCCACACCCUACGAAUAAGGGGUACGAAACACAAGGUAGAUUAUUACCGAAGUUGCUUCGUCCACUUGUUGGAGAACAAAACAUAUACGAUAACACUUAUCCAUCUGCAGUGUCUGAAGCCUACAGUAAGGAAAGACUGUUAAGCAAGAAACUCCGACCAGAUUCACAAGUGAUUCAUAUUUCCUGGGACCUUGCUACAAAAGGAUGGGUUUCCGUGACCCAAUUUCUGUUGGAAAUACGAUUCUCAUAUGUCCUCCGUUUCUGGGAGAGAGGGAACUAA